ACCCUCUCCCAUCAAUGUAUGAAUUGACCCAAUAAUUUCACUAUGGAGUUUCAUUGGUUAGAUUUGAAAAAAAUAUCAGAUUUCGAUAGAGUUUUUAUUUCAAUAUUUGAUUCAGCUUGGCUCCAAACAAUAAUUGAGAUUUUUUGAAGGUUCAUAUCCUUAGACUCUUUAUCUCAUCAGUCAUCACUAUCAGUUUGCCCUGCUUGUAAAUUUUCUAAUGCAGUCAAUGAAACUUUCUUCCAGAUUCAGCCAUAAAUGGAUGAACUCUUCCAUGCUAUUGCUUGUUUUCUUCAUCUUGCUCUUUAAAUGUUUCAUGUACAGUGAGAAUUUGAAGUCAAUAGCAGAAUCAGUCUUCUUAUCAGGAAUUAAAUUUCCAGAAAUCCAUGAGAAAGAAGACGAACUGGAAGUUUUAUUGCCACCAAAGGACUGCGAUUUUUACACAGGGAAAUGGGUUCUUGACAAUGUCACACCUUUGUACAGAGAGAAAGAAUGUGAGUUUCUCUCAAGGCAGGUGACCUGUUUGAGAAAUGGAAGACAAGAUUCUUUAUACCAGAACUGGAGAUGGCAACCCAGAGAUUGCUCUUUGCCCAAGUUCAAAGCAAGAUUGUUGCUUGAGAAACUUCGUGGAAAGAGGCUUAUGUUUGUUGGAGAUUCACUAAAUAGAAACCAGUGGGAAUCCAUGGUUUGUCUAGUUCAAUCUGCAAUCCCUCCAGGGCAGAAGAGCUUGGGUGAGUCAGGCUAUUCUUCUAUUUUCAGAAUUGAGGACUAUAAUGCUACAAUAGAGUUUUACUGGGCACCAUUUCUAGUCGAAUCGAAUUCCGACAAUCCAUGGAAACACAGCAUAUUAGACCGUAUGAUCAUGCCUGAAUCAAUCAAGAACGAUGGAGAAAACUGGAAAGGUGUGCACUACCUCAUCUUUAACACAUACAUAUGGUGGAUGAACUCUCCUAAAAUGAAAGUCCUAAAGCGAGGAAAAUUCGAUGAAAGCAAUGUAGAGUAUGAAGAGAUAGAAAGAACAGUAGCAUAUGGAAGAGUUAUGAGGACAAUGGCUAAGUGGGUUGAGGAAAAUGUAGAUCCUAAUCGCACUUCAGUCUACUUCAUGAGCAUGUCUCCUCUUCAUAUCAAGAGCUUGGAUUGGAACAAUCCCGAAGGGAUCAAGUGUGCUAGGGAGACCACCCCAGUAGCUACCAUGACUGCUCCAUUGGAUGUAGGCACUGAUCGCCGCCUAUUCGUUACUGCGACGAAUGUGACUGGAUCCAUCAAAGUGCCUAUUUAUAUUGUCAACAUUACGACACUAUCAGAGUACAGAAAAGAUGCACAUACAUCGAUAUACACAACCCGCCAAGGCCAGCUGCUCACGGCAGAGCAGCAAGCUAACCCAGCAAUGUAUGCAGAUUGCAUCCAUUGGUGUCUACCUGGGUUGCCUGAUACUUGGAAUGAGCUCCUCUAUGCACAUAUUAUAUCUCAUUCUUGACCCCCUUGGAAUUUUUCUUCUUUUCAGAAAAUUUAGCUGCUUCAUUUUCUUUU